AUGGAGAAGACGAGCGAUCCCGCGCCCCAGGAUCUGGAGGCCCCCAAUGCCCCCGUCAAGCAAUCCAGCGUCCUGCAGAAAUGGCAACAGAACCUGUCCACCACCCAUGCCGACCUCGUCUGUCUUCUCCUCUGCUUCCUAACGGGACUAUGCGAUAGCAGCGCCUACAACGCAUGGUCCUGUUUCCUCGGCAUGCAAACCGGAAACACCAUCUUCCUGGGCCUCGGUGCCUCCAACCAGCCCUCCAGCAAGCCGUGGGGCUGGCUGAAGUCCAUGGUCUCGAUCCUGGCCUUUUUCUUCGGCGCCAUGAUCUUCUCGACCGUCAUGCGCAGUGUCGGCGCCCUCCGCCGGGGAACUCUCUUCGUCUCCUUCCUCGCCCAAAUGAUCCUCAUCAUCAUCGCCGUUGCCCUCAUCGAAGCCGAUCUCAUCCCCCACACCUCCAGUGACGCCUCCCUGGACGGGGGGCCGCUGUUCCUCGAGUUGAUCCCCAUCGCGCUCUUGGCUUUCCAGUCCGCGGGCGGAAUGACGUGCAGUCGCGCGCUGGGCUAUAAUGAAAUCCCGACCGUGGUUCUGACCAGUGUCUACUUUGAUAUUGCGUCGGAUCCCAAGAUCACGGAUAAGCCGACCGCCAAUGUGAAGCGGAAUCGUCGCGUGGGCGGGGUGGUCGCUCUGCUGAUCGGCGCGAUUGUGGGCGGUUGGUUGAGUCGCAGCAGCGGGGGCAUGGAAUCUGCUCUUUGGAUGGCGGCUGGUUUGAAGUUCGUCGCUGCCUUUGGAUGGUUGUUCUGGAAGGCGGCCCCCGCCAAAUAG